AUGGCUGUGACACUGUUAGAAGAUUGGUGCAAGGGUAUGGACCUAGAUCCCAGGAAAGCCCUGCUAAUUGUGGGCAUCCCUAUGGAGUGUACUGAGGCCGAAAUUAAGGAGACCUUGAAGGCAGGAUUACAUCCCCUGUGUACAUACAGGAUGCUAGGCAGAAUAUUCAGGAGGGAAGAUAAUGCUAAGGCAGUCUUCAUUGAAUUGGCUGACACUGUCAACUAUGCUGCUAUACCCAGUCAGAUACCAGGAAAAGGGGGUGCCUGGGAAGUAGUGGUAAAACCUCGGAACCCAGAUGAUGAAUUUAUCAAUAGGCUGACUUACUUCCUGAAAGAUGAAGGCCGGAGAAUGGUAGAUGUGGCCAAAACUCUGGGGUAUAGCACCCUUCCCAUUGAGGGCAUAGAGCCAGAGGACUUGGACCAAGUCAAACCACCAGUUUUGCAGCCUCUGAGGGAAAGCAUGUGGUACCGAAAGCUGAAAGUGUUUUCAGGAGGUGCUCUCCCAGGCUCAGGGGAAGAGAGUUUUGAAGCCUGGCUAGAGCAGGUCACUGAGAUGAUGCAGAUGUGGCAGGUGUCAGAGAUAGAGAAGAGGCGUCGCCUGCUAGAGAGCUUGCGUGGUCCCGCACUGUCAAUCAUGCGGGUGCUCCUGGCCAAUAAUGACUCCAUGACUGUGGAGCAGUGCCUGGAUGCCCUAAAGCAGAUCUUUGGGAAUAAAGAGGACUGUAGAACCUCACAGUUCAGGUUUCUUCAGACUUCUCAGAAGUCUGCAGAGAAGAUCUCUGCUUUUUUGCUUCGCUUAGAGCCCCUGCUGCAAAAAGCUGUGCAGCAAAGCCCAUUGUCAGUGCAAAGCACAGACAUGAUUCGCCUCAAACAUAUUCUAGCUCAGGCCUCCAUGACCGCUGCCCUCCGAGGCAAACUUGAGCUCUUAGAUCAGCGAGGGUGCCCACCCACUUUUCUGGAAUUAAUGAAGCUCAUUCGAGAUGAAGAGGAGUGGGAGACCACUAUGGCAGUGAUGAAAGAGAAACAGAGGCAAGUAGGAAGGGGCCGCAGGGCCUCUGGCAGACAGGUAGUAGCAGAAGUAGGUUACUCUGCAGUUCAGGUCACCAUGCAGGCAGGGUGUUUCAGCGAAAAUAGCACCCAGACUGCACAGGAAGGUGUGUCCCCAUCACUGAAGCGCAGGCGACUGUCAUGUGAACUCUGUACUAUGGGAAAAGGCCAUGGCCAGGCAGAAUGUCCCAAAGCUGAGGACCAAUCUCCACCCAUGCUGAGGCCUAAAAUUGCUGAAGAAGGGUCGGGAAACGAGGAAGGGGCUGGGGGCAUGAGCCACCCCAAGCCCUAG